ACCGACAACACUGUCUGAAUGGAUGUUUAAAAAACAUCGGGCUUUUAUGGUUUUUAGGAGAAUUUUGCCGUUGAAAUGUCUGUGGCGAAGGUUUGAUCAAAGUGCAGAAAUCAAUAGCUGCAUCGGGGAAACUAAAUAAAUGAUUUGUGAGAGCUGAGCGAACGGGAAUCGUCCUUCCGAUUCGACUUUAGGAAUAAAGAUGGCGACGGAAACAGGCACCUCCUACUAUUAUCAGGGAGGUGCCUCGAAGGACUGGUAUCAUGAACUGGGCCAGCGGUACGGCUUCGAGCCCAACCUCUCGGAGGCGGGGCUUCAGCAACGCCUUGAGGAAAUGCGGGAAAACCUCAAAAAGGAAAUUCGAAAGGAAAUGAAAAUUAAGGAGGGUGCAGAAAAGUUACGUGAAGUGUCAACAGACAAGAAAAGCUUGUCGAAUGUGAGCAGUAUUGUGAAAAAAGCGAACAAUAAGUUGCAGGAAUUGCAGCGUGAAUUACAAGAGUUGAACGCUUACCUGUUGGUGUCAAACAGUGGCGAUUUACGGAGAGACUCAUUACAAGAACCGAUUGUCUCCCCUGAGAAAGAUGGCCAGCAGAUGGAUGCAACCCUUAGCCUCAGACUACAGUCAUUACAAAAACAGUUAGAUAUAGAAAAUAAGGUUAAACAAGGGGCAGAGAACAUGAUAGCAAUGUACAGCGCUGGGCCUUCCAGGGACAAAAAACUUCUAGCAGAGGCUCAGCAGAUGUUGAUCGAUGCCAAAACCAAAAUAGAGGUGAUCAGAAUGAAGAUUUUAGCUGCCACACAGGGUUCUGACCCCGCAGAGGGAGAUGACAGUGUCCCAGCUUCAAACUGUGACGUAUUGUCUCCCUUGGAGUUGCGGAUAGAAGAGUUGCGACACCACAUUCGUAUUGAAGCAGCUGUGAUAGAGGGCGCUAAGAACGCCAUUAAACUACUCCAGAACACAAAGUCACAAGACAAGAAAGCCUUACAGGAGGCUCACUCGAGUUUGUCAGACUCGGUACAGCGGCUAGAACUGUUGAGAAUCUCAUUGGAGAAGAGAAUGCAAGACCUCUCACCUGAUAACUCCAAAAUUCAGCAACUGAAGGAGGAGCUAGACGCCUCAAGCCCAUCGAGUUACGCCAAGCUGAACAGCGCUUCACGACCCCCCAGCAAGAACUCGACCCUCACAAAACCUGCCGCACUCACGGGCAAGCUGCAGAUAAGAUUAAUGGGAUGUCAAGAGUUACUUGAGGAGAUCCCCACACGCUCCCGUAGAGAGCACUUGCAGGCACUACUCUCUAGUCCUGGAGAGAGUAAGAGUUUGCUGCGCGGGAGCAAGACAUUCUCCGGCAGCAGGAGCAGCCGAACCUACAACGUGAAGGAAGACUGUUCUACAUCCACUCCAGUAACAAGCCACGAGAUCAUGGCUGUGGUGAAGUUGGAUCAUCAGCAAGUCCUACAGACUCCAUGGAAGUCAUGCAGUCAGCAGUGUUGGGACCACAGGGCCAGUAUAGACCUGGACAGGUCACGAGAGCUUGAUAUUGCCGUGUACUGGCGAGACUGGAGACAGAUGUGCGCCAUCAAAUUUUUCCGCCUGGAAGACUUCCUUGAUAACCGUCGCCAUGGGAUGGCCAUCCAUCUAGAACCUCAGGGGAUUCUCUUCGCGGAGAUUACAUUCUUAAACCCAGUUAUGUCAAGAAAACCGAAACUUCAGAGACAGAAAAAAAUAUUCCCAAAACAUAAAGGACGGAAUUUCCUGCGUCCGCAGCAGAUGAAUAUAAACGUGGCCACAUGGGGUCGGCUGAUGAAGAGAUCCAUCCCACCGCAGAUGUCCGAGAGUCCGAGUGACGCCGGGGACACGCCUCCUUCCAACAUCAUGUCACCUGGUAUUUUAGCAUCAGACCGGGGUAGGCCAGUGAUGAAUAUUGACUUUGAGGCACCCACGUCGCCUGAAGUUCCGAAUUCGAUCACACACCCAAGUGAGGAGGUCAUCCAUCGUAACCAUGGGUUACAACCUGACAACAACAGAGCAUCACAGUCACAGGAGAAAGAGAUACAGGCAGCAUUAUCGUCGUUUGAUUUCUUACCCGACAACACAAUUGACCUUGACCUGGAGGUGGCUGAUCCGGUGCCGGUGCCAGUGCCAAGGCACCGCUCUCCCAGCCCACCCCCGCCAGCUCUUCCCAACUCCACUCCUCCCACACAGUCUCAAGUAUCCAGUUUAUCCAAUAGCCAUAUCCAAAUGAGCAGCUUUAGACCAAUCAGUGUGCUAGGAAGAGGUCAUUUUGGAAAGGUCAUACUCUCUCAGUACAAGAACACAGGGGAAUACUUUGCCAUAAAAGCCCUGAAAAAGGGAGACAUAAUAUCCAGAGAUGAAGUGGAGAGCUUAAUGUCAGAGAAGAGGAUAUUUGAAGUGAUCAACUCCUCCAGACAUCCCUUCCUUGUCAAUCUGUUUGCCUGUUUCCAAACAGAGGAGCACGUGUGUUUUGUGAUGGAGUACGCUUGUGGCGGAGACCUGAUGAUGCACAUCCACAACGACGUGUUCACCGAGCCGCGCAGUGUCUUCUACGCAGGCUGUGUCGUCCUCGGCUUACAGUAUCUACACGACCACAGCAUUGUCUACAGAGAUCUUAAGCUGGACAACCUACUGCUGGAUACAGAAGGCUACCUCAAGAUAGCAGACUUUGGACUGUGUAAGGAGAACAUGGGGUAUGGUGACCGCACCAGCACCUUCUGCGGCACACCGGAGUUCCUAGCCCCUGAGGUCCUAUUAGAAACAUCUUACACACGAGCCGUUGACUGGUGGGGGCUUGGUGUGCUCAUCUUUGAGAUGUUGGUGGGAGAGUCUCCAUUCCCAGGUGAUGAUGAGGAAGAAGUGUUUGACAGUAUUGUGAAUGAUGAGGUACGCUACCCUCGCUUCCUCUCCACGGAUGCUAUUUCUAUUAUGAGGCGGUUGUUACGGAAGAACCCUCAGAGGAGGCUUGGAGCCAGCGAGCGGGACGCGGGUGACGUGAAGAAACAGGACUUCUUCAGGGAUAUAAACUGGGAUGACCUGCUGAAGAGGAAGGUCAAACCACCGUUCAUACCCACUGUGCGCCACCCAGAAGACGUGAGUAACUUUGACGAGGAAUUCACGGCUGAGAAAGCCAUUCUCACCCCAGCCAAGGAACGCAAAAUUCUCACCUCAGAGGAACAAACAUUCUUUUACGACUUUGAGUACAUGGCAGAUUGGUGUUGACAGAGUUACUGGGUCCUGUCCCUGUCUACUUACUAACAGGACAACACUGCAGGUCGGGAAGAACUGUUCACUGAAGAAUUGUGUCCUGCCAGGGUUCAGUGGGAAUUUGCCCUGCACUGAGUUAUCCUGCUGGACAAAACUUGCUGUAGUUUGUUGGGAGUGGAAAAGCAGCCAGUGCCAGCCUAGCAUUUAGGUGUUGACUCUGCUAAGCAUCACAGGUAAGUCCACUGCGUGGGAGCGGAGGAGGCAGAUGGGCUGCGAGGAAACUGCAGAUUGCUCCCCAGGGAUAGCUAGCUCAGCUGAUGUAGAGGAGCCAGUCGAAAUUCAGAACAACAUCUUGAUGCGGACAAGGCUGAACGCCAUGAACUACGAAUUUUAUUACUGCAGUCAAGAAUUCAGUUUAUUAUAGUGUGCCGGAGAAAAAAAAGGAGACGUUUGGGCAGGUGCCAGCAAGUUAAACCCAUUUUCAGUACCUCAAGCUUAAAACCAGGUUGUGUGGCUUCUGAUGUAAGGAGUGAAUUUGUUGUGUGAUGCAGCUACGUGUAGCCAAGUGCAAUUACGAGAUUUUAUAGUGCUUACCCCUCUUUCCUGCUUCUACUGACACAAAUCAUGACAAUCUGCUCAAGAAAGCUGGGGCUGGAGCUCUAAGAUACAGUCGGACAGGCAGAGAUUUGCAUGCUGUAAUCGAAUGCCAACCCAUUCUGUUCAGCUCUAUGAUUGAAAGUCAUUGAACUAGGCCUAAAGACUUGCUCAGUAGUGGAGUUGUUGACAGAGACUUGGGAAGCUCACAUGGGAAACUCACCUGGGAAGCUCACCUGGGAAGCUGUUUCUAUUCCAGUGUUCCUAAUGUCUAGGGUUAUGAAGUGGUGGGCUGCAUCAGACAGUAACAUUUCUCAACCCCCCACCCCCCACCCCCCACCCAACCAUAGGUGGACUCGGCUUAAUACAGCUCUUUGGUUGUGUGUAUACAAAUAUAUAUGUUGUAAUAAUAGUCAAGUG